GGGCGCAGCGCACCGGGAUUACCGACGCGAUGACCAUCGAGAUAGGCAUCCGGAGUUUGGUUCGGGGUAUAGUUAUGGUGGGAACAGGGACUACGGAGGAAGGAGGAGAAAGUGAGGGCGAGGAUGGAGAACGAGAGGAAAAAGAACGGGUUUUGAGAGAGGAAGAGGAGAAGAUAGCAAAUGAUAGACGACUGAAGAAGAAGGAGGAGAAGAAAAGGUUGGAAGCAGAAGAUCGGGAAGCGAUGCGUAAGGACUUGCGGAUGAAAAUUCGCAUGCACAUGGGAAACGUGUGUGAGGAACUGCAUCAAUGUUUGGCGUCGGCAAUACCUACCAAGAAGAAAGAUAAAGGGAAGCUGCCAGUGCAUGCGUCGUCUGAAGAGGAAAGCGAUGAGCCAAAAGGAAGCGAUGUGGAAGCAGUGUGCGAGCAGACGGAAGAGUUAGUCAUCAAAGAGAAGCGGAGGAGAAGUGUGGAGCGACCAGUCGGAGAUAGCUCGCCAAUGGAAACCCCUGCCAAGCGGGCAUCAACGCGAGAUGUUUUGGAUCCGAAACGCUUGUUACUGAGCUGUAGACGACAACCGUUUAAGCGGUCACCUAGGAAGCAGACACCGAAGUCGCUGAGAAGCGCGCGGAAAGGCAAGAAGGUGUCGACAUCGCCAGACACGAUGGGGAGAUUGAUGUUUGUUACGGAUAACCUACGUGAGUUAGGCGACCGUAACAUGAAAGAUUUGAAGCAGAUUUGCAGUUCGGAGGACGUGCCCUACGAAGGUUUGAGGAAAAUGGAUAUGAUCAUAGCUAUCACCGAGAAGCGUUCGCAAGUGGCCUAUGGCCCCGAAGGUGAAGUGGAAGGCCCAACAGGCGCGAUCACUAAAGAAGGUAAUCAGAGCGAGGAGAAGGAGGAAUCGGCAGGUAACGACGACGAUAAGGAGGUUUGAACAGCGGAGGAGUAUUGGAGACUAUGUAGAGCUCUCAUAAGGGUGCGCAGUUUUUUGCCGCAAGACACCAUCGUCG